AUGCGGACAUCUCUCAGUGUGCUAGCACUAGCAGCCGUGGCAGCAGCGCAUGAGGACGUGCUGCAAGCGUGCGAUCCCUUGCGGGGCGGGGCUUCGGCGCGUCCGGGGUUCGACCUUACAAUAUGGAACUAUCCUUGGACGUCGUAUAACCACCAGACGAACCGCGGAGUGCCCGACCGGACAACUUUUGAAAGCGCAGCGUACCUCCAGGGUGGGUACGCGCAGUACGAGGAGCUGGGGCGGGCACGGGCCGUGACGAACUUGACGUUCGUCAACGAGUUCGAGCUUGGCAGAGGCCGUGAGAUGGUGCGUGGCCGGCUGCCCCCUAACUACAACUUCCCCGAUGAGUUUAACAUUUCGAACUUUGCGUACUUGGCAACAGGCUACUUCCGCGCUGAGCAGGACGGUGCAUACAACUUCACGCUAGACUUCGUGGAUGACUACGCCUCGGUUGCCCUUGGUGGCGGGCGGGCAUUUGACUGUUGCCAGAAAGACACGGGCGUCAAGAGCCCUGAAGGGUUCCAGAUUGACGCGCGGUGGGCGCGGAACGGGCCUGUGGGGCGUGCAUGGACCGUGGUGAACUUACAGCGGGGCGCCUACUAUCCACUCCGUGUGUUCUACGUGAACACCAACAACUGGGCUGGUAUUCGUUUUACGUUCACGGACCCAAGUGGUGUUCACCAUGAGGACUUCCAGAAUCACAUCUUCCAUUUUGACGACCAGCCAAACGAAUGCCCGGAAAUAGUCGCGACAACGACUCAACCAUACGAUGGGACGGAAACUGUGACAGCUUAUACCACACUAUCGACGUACACGAACAGCGACAACCAGCUCACAACUGGGAGAGUGGUUGUUAUCAACACCCCAUACCCUCGUGGCGAAACAACUACUACUAAUGGUUGGACUGGUUCCUACACAACUACACUAUCCACUGGUGUGGCAACUGUAACAGGUACUGACGGCUAUGGCACAAUCGAGACAACUUACUAUGUCGUUACUCCUGAAGCCGUAGUCUCCACAACGACCACUAGUGGCUGGACAGGUACUCACACGACCACGCUCUCCACUGGACUCACCACCGUUACAGGGCCUGAUGGUAUUGCCACGACGGAAACUACCUACUACGUGGUGACUCCAGAGGCUCAGGCCGUCACGACGACUACAAGCGGCUGGACCGGAUCCUUCACUACAACGAUGUCUACAGGUGUCACUACUGUGACCGGUUCCGAUGGAAUUGCCACAACCGAGACCAUCUACCACGUCGUGACACCGGAAGCACAAGCCGUUACAACGACCACUCGCGGCUGGGCUGGGAACCACACGACGACACUAUCCACCGCAGUGGCUACUGUCACUGGCACCGACGGCAUCGCAACCACCGAGACCAUCUACCACGUCGUGACACCGGAAGCACAAGCCGUUACAACGACCACUCGCGGCUGGGCUGGGAACCACACGACGACACUAUCCACCGCAGUGGCUACUGUCACUGGCACCGACGGCAUCGCAACCACCGAGACCAUCUACCACGUUGUGACGCCUGAGGCACUAUCUGUCACGAAAACAGCUAUAUUCUCUUCCGGUUCGUCAUGGCAGAAUGUGACUGCUGAAGCUACAAAGUCCAGCAGUUUUGAUGGUCGUGUAAACCAAACGAUCGACUCCGUAGCUGGCACACAUACUCAAAUUUCUGAGUCUCUAACAACGGUCACCAGCAGUGCUCCGACCGAAGAUGUUUGUGCUUCAUUGGAGCAGGAGACAGUGACUGUUAUACUCUCGCCUAUGACUACCAUGACGAUUCCUACAACUGGUGCCCCCCAAGUAAUGACAAUUGUGAAAACAGUAUACUCCACUAUCACCAAAGAUUACAGUGAAGAUAUGUCUGAAAGUCCAUUUGAGCCAACUACCGUUUCAGCACCAACAAACAGCGCACAGGUGUCUUCUACGAAUGGACCCGAUACCCAGCAGCGUAUUUCUGUGGAUGAGCUUGCUGGCGGAAAAUUAGCUACAACCAUGAAUAGCAGCGCUGCUAAUGUUUCUAGCCAGUUCCUUGAGAACACUAUUGUCCCCCCCACUAGUGAAGUCUAUACAAGUGGAUCUAGUAGAUCAUUUUCUCUUGGAAACACUGAUGAGAUGGUAACUAUAUUGCCAAUUGGCGGAGCUAGUGGCAUUUCGGGGAUUUCGAUCGGAAAUGUUUCUACGGAACCAUCCACGGUUCAGUCGUCCUUUAUUGCCGUAUCGACUGGAUCAGCUGAAUAUUUGACUGGCACUUCAGAGCAACCUGUGACUGCUACUCCAAGUACAAAGUCUUCUGUUAAAGCAUCUUCGUUUCAGUCUGAGACGAAAGAAGACACGAACAUUCCUAUCAGUGUGACGUCAAUUUCGUAUAGUUCUUCUGGAACACAGGCGUCCAGAACAUCCACUGCAGAAUACGGGACUGCUGCAGUAACUGGCAUCCCAGAAUCUUCUGGUGGACCAGCGAAUGAUAAUGAAACAGCUUCUGAAGAAGCUGAGACUGAACUCCCGGAGGAAUCAUAUGGCCAAGAACCAUCCGCUGGAUCUAAUGUCGCCACAACAGAAGACGAGGAAGAUGCAUACGGCACAACGGUUGUGGAAGAGUACCCUCUCCCAACCCCUCAGACUGCAUUCACCGGAAGCGGCUUUGUGAGCUCUGCGGGCGUAGUGUCCUCUAGCUUUCCGAACCUGACAAAGCCUCUUUUGCCCUUCUUCGGCGGGGCAGUUCAGCUGAACACAAACAUGAACAAGAUCUGUUCUGCUCUCGUUUUCGUUGUUACGACCCUCCUAUUGUAA